GCGGCGCUAAACCCGUUACUCUUUGUACCCCCUCAGCUGGUGGCGUUUGUAACCUUCCUCUGCUUCGUGGCCUCCCGCUCCCACGGGGCCUACACCGCGCUGGCCGUGGCGGAGAUGGUCAUCACGGCGCUGUUCUUCCUGCUGUACUUGCUAAAGCUCGAUAAAAAGAUGGGCUGGCUGUUCUGGCCGUUGGCUGAUGUUUUCAACUCAGUGAUUGCAGCAUUAUUCCUCCUUAUUGUGUGCCUGUUUGCGAUAAUAAUCAAGACCAACAAUGGGACACUGGCUGGAGGGGUGUUUGGUCUUGUAUUGCUUGUUCUCUGUAUUGUGGAUGCGGUUCUUCUUUUCCAGAAGAUUAGCCUUGAUGGACCAAGAGGAAGGAAUACUCCUGCAAAAUAA